AUGGGAACUUUCUUGGUGCUUUGGCGCUUCGGAGACACCUUGAAGAGAGCGAACAGACGCGAAUUUGUUAACCGACGGACAGCUCCGAACAGUAACAGUCAAGACGUGCAUAACAAGACCGCGGCAAUUAACCAUAGGAUCUUCGGAACAAUAGCCCUUAACGUGAACUUCGCGCGCCAGUCAAGCCUCCGGAUACGCCAUUGCGUACGACAUCCCCCGGUACAUGGCGAUCGUGCAGCGCGAAAACAACGUUUCUCGAACCGAGGUCGUCCUCGGAGCGGGUCGCUCGCUACGCAUCCGAAGUGCCCGGGACACGAGGAAUGCACGCGCAAGAACUAG